AUGGUUAUCCUAAUCGACACAGCUGCACAUUCGCAGUGCCCUAAAUUUGACCAUCCAGGCCAGAGUCCAUUCAGUCAAAGCCCAGUGGACGCAGAUUCAGGGACCACCAGCGUUCAAACAAGUCCUACUUCAUCCAGGCUGCUGCCAACCUACCACAAACAGUUUACAGUCAGGGUGCUCCCCUCUCUGCAGUUUGUCUACAGCAACCUGACUCCACGCCACAUCUCCUCCAUCCACAGCCGUGGAAGACUGGCCUCCUCUGACAGCUCCUCACAACGCACAAGGCCUGUCCUGCUCCGAUUUUAG